CUGCCCGUACCCUACCCCCACCCUACCCUACCCUAUACGUUCCAUAUCCUUCCCCUACCUCUACCUUGCCUCUACCCUACACUACCCCUACCUUAUCCGUACCCUACCGUACCCUACCCUACACUUUCCCUAAAUUACCCCUACCCUACCUCUAUCCUACCCCUUCCCUAACUCUAUCCUAUCCCUACCCUCAGCAAAAUUGGUCCAGCCUUUUGUGCGUGGUGCUAUGACCAAAAGACUAUAAUUUCCCAAGCGACUUCUAUGCUAAUACUAUAAAGAGGUAAAGUUUGUGUGGUUGUCGGGGGUAAUCUCUGGAUCUACUGGACCGAUUUGGAAAAUUCUUUUACCAAUAGAAAGCUACAUUAUUUGCGAGUGUCAUAGGCUAUGUUUGGUCCUCAUAUUCAUACGGGAACGGGAACCACGUAAUUGAAACCGCGGGGCGUCAUAUAGCGGCAUUUCUGCGACUCUCAGAAAUUUUGUAUUAUCUCCGAAACUAUAUAACUAAUUAACAUACUGUAAAGGGCAAAUCUUAUCUCUAUAAUAUCCUUGUGAUUAUUAAAUCAUUUAUUUUGAUAAGGAUUUAAGUUUAGUUGUGUAAAUAAUGUCGUAAACCUUAGUUUAAAAUUUAAAUAAUUUAUUAAAGUACUAAAGGUACUAUAUCUGCUAAAAUAUAAAAGAUAGAUAUAUGGUGUCGCGGACUUUUUUGUAGAACUUUUAAAGGUUCAAAAAGCCUCCAUACAUUUAUUUCAGUUAUACGCAAUGGUUGAGGCAGCGCAUGCGAAUAAGUAAGUUUUUUGGUCUGACCUGUAAGAGAAAACCCGCGAUAUCUCAGUAGUUAUAUAUGAUAGAAAUAUAAAAUAUAGCCUAUAGCACUCCCCGAUAACGUAGCAUUCUACUGGUGAAAGAAUUUUUAAAAUCGGUCCAGUAGUUCCGAAUAUUACCCCAUUUCAAAAAAUUGUUACAAACUUACAAACUUACAAACUUACAAACUUACAAACUUUACCUCUUUAUAAUAUUAGUAUAGAUAUGAUUGCGAACUACGGUAUCGAAUUUCAGAGGAAAAACUUUAAUAGCCUACUGGGCGGCGGCAUAUUUCUAAAUCCGCCACUGGCUAACCGGAAACUAUUUCAGGUAUAGGAGAAUUCAAAAACAGAAGCUCACCAUAUUUAGAAUAAAAAUGGAUUCCUCGACCCACAAUUGCAAUCCCAAUAAAACAUCAAUAUACUUCUCCAAAGUAGGCAAGCUGUUAACGAUCGGUGGGUUGCCGGGAUGCGUGAGCUGGUAUGAGAGCAGUAAUAAGCCUGUGUAUAAAUACAUACAAACAUGUGUCACUGUCUUGGUUUUACUGUCCGUCGCGAAUGAGGUCGGGGCUAUCUUCACGCAGACAAACUUGACGGAAAAGCAACGAGCUGACAUGACGCUCGUCAGCUUUUCCCAGCCGUUGCUAACCAGCUACUACUUCAUAAUAAGAUACUACAAAGGGAAUGUCAAGGACGUAUUGUAUACACUGUGUGUCUCGCUGAAGAAGGUCUACAACGACCCCGAAGUUGAGAGGCGGAUGAUUAGACACAGCACUGUGUAUUCGAUGGCCUUCGUGAUGAAUAUUUGCAGCGCGAUGCUCUCUUAUGGCUACCAGGGAGUAGUACAAGCUAUUCGUACAGAUGGAACGUUUGUAGCAGUGGUAACAGCAUGGCCGGAUGUCCAGGACAAGAGUGCUGUUGCGAAUGUUGGCCGAAUAGUAUGCUACUUGUUAUGGUGGCUCGCCACGGCCCGCGCCAUGGCGGCCCUGCUCUUUGUCGUCAUCAUGAGCGGCUGCCUCGGCUACCAGUACAGAAACCUGCAAAGCUACUUCAACAGCCUUAAUGACAUUUUUGAUGUAGACCAAGCAGGUGAAACAGAAAUGGCAGAAGAAAAGUACGAAGACGCUCUCAAAGUUGGUAUUCAAAUGCACGCGGAGACGAUGUGGUGCACUUCAGAAUGUCAAAUCAUAGCCGGCUUCGUGUACAGCGGGCAAAUCGCAUUGAAUGUGGUCGUUCUUGCUAUGCUGCUUGUACAGGCGACGCACGCGGACCGCUCGUUCGGCCAAACCUGCACCAUACUGAGCACGGGCGUGGCAAUGCUCCUCAACACCGGCAUGCUGAUGUGGAACGCGGGCAACAUUACCGUCGAGGCAACUCUCCUGCCCACCGCCAUGUACAGUUCUGGUUGGCAGCAUUGCCAGGGCAUGAGAUCACGGAGAGUGCGACAGCUUUUGGUCUUGGCCAUGUCACAAGCUCAGAGGCAUGUCGUCAUACGAAGCUUCGGCAUCAUGGAGGUCUCGUAUCAGGCAUAUGUUUCGAUCGUGAAAUCAUCCUAUUCUGCAUUCUCAAUUUUAUACUAAGAAAAGAGCAAAUAAAAGUUUACUCUAAUCUGUACCUAUAAUAUAGUAAAACCUAGUAAUUCAUAUACCUACACAAAUAGAAAGAUGAGACGAAAAUAACUGGCUUGCUUUCUAUGAGAGAAAGAGAGACAGACAGAGAAACACGCGCACGGCUUACAACUAUAGCAAAAAGUGUCGUUACAGCUUUUCUUAAUUUUUUUCAUCUAGCUUCCUUUCGCAUCGCGCUUUAAGGAACUUUGUUCCAAAAACAUGUGCUUUUAUGUGUACACUUUGUUGUUUUCAUUAUUCCUAUAAAGAUAAACCUGUUUAUUCUUACAUUAACUAUUUUUUUUUAAUUCAUCAAACUCAUAAAUACGAGUUUUCAAACCACGGAUUUCUUGCUUAAAUCUAGGUACUUAAUUGAGAAAACAUACACUCGAAUUAAAAACCUUUGAAGUCGGUUAAAAAAUAGGCUCAAACAUCCCGCAAAGAAGAUAGUUUUUAGAAUAUUACAUACCUAAGGUGAAAUGAAAAACUCAGAUACAAUAUACUCCUUUAUUGAGUCCAACAGCUAACAGUCUUUUGACUCCAUCACAUUACAGUACAAAAUCAGUAGAAAUAAUAUAAAUUACAAAUUAAACUUGCUUCGUUAUUUAUGGUACGCACAACUUGAACUCAAAUAAGCAAUAGCUCAUGUAGAUAUAUGGUUGUUAUGCAGUUAUUUUAUAACUAACAGUUAUUUAAUAACUGUUUGUUUAACAUUACAUAUAUAUACACUAUAUAAAAUAUACUAUU